AUGAGUGAGUUCCAUAGGAGAAGGGCCACCAAAGAAGAGAUGGAGCAGGGUCAAAAGGAGAUAAGACUAGCUGAUGAAAGAAUGAAAACAAAGGCUGAGAGUAGGGGUGAGAUGCCUAUACAAAACGGACCUGAAGAAAAACCUGAGGAUGUUGUAGAAGGGGAAACGUCUCCACCGAAAGAGGGUAAGAGAGAUGAACCUCAAAGAGGUACCCCUGCAAGGAAUUCCAAUCAGGGUUCAGGUGCCAAAGCGUUGUUGCCGCCUACACAACCUCCUCCUGAUCCUCCUGCCCUUUCUCUACGUCAAGAGGUGGUGAACUCCCUUGAGAAGAAUACGCCCGCCGACAAGGGUGAAGGCAACUUCAAUGGUGGACCUUUGAUGAGGGAGAUUGCAACUCCCCCUGAACAACAAGCAGGAGAUGAUGCAAACCAAGUGCAAGGGCAAUCCAUGGCACCCCCGUUGUUCACCGAGGAGCAGCUGAGAAACUUUGCUGCACUGCAGGGACAAGCCGCAUGGAUGUAUGGGCCCCAACAGUCGUUUUUCAAUCCAAUUGGUUUUUCACGUCCUUCAUUUUUGGAUGGAGAUGCAGCCAGAGCUUCAGUGAGUCAACAUGAAAGAGACAUGGAGUUUCUGAGAAUGCAAGCAGUGAGAGACCGAGAGGAGAAAGACGAAUGUAGAAGGCAGAUUCAACUGUUGGUAGAAGAGAACCGUCAGUUGAGAGCCAGGUUUGAAAGUGCUAGCAAGAUGCAGACUGAGGAUGAACCUAGGUUUGCGACUCCUGAGGAACAGCCGGAUCAGACCAGCCCAGGUUUCGACAUGGAUGUGGAUUGGUUGAAGCGGCGAAAGGAGGCUGACAGACCCCCAUCAAAGGAGGCUGACAGACCCCCAUCAAAGGAGGCUGACAGACCUCCAUCAAAGGAGGCCGACAGACCCCCAUCAAAGGAGGCUGCCAGACCCCCAUUCCUACCUGAGGCUGCAGAGUUCAAAACCCCCAAGGAGGCUGCCAGACCCCCAAAGGUGGAAGCAUCACAGCGUCCCCAAGAAGAAGGAAGCCGAGGUGCACCUGGUGGAGGGAAUGCGCAGUUCACUGAGAAAUCUUUGGAGUUCAUGGUGAUUAUGAUGGAAACUAUGAAGGACCUACACAAGAAGGUCAACGAGACAAAGGAUGAGACUGGCAUGGUUCGAGGAGUUGAGAUUGUGAGGUCCGGCACUCCUGACCUGCCGGUGUUGACCCCCUGGUCACCAAGCCAGGGUCCCCUCCAGUUGGGAGAUUGGCUUCUGACUGUGGAGCCGAUCAUAGCUGAUUUGUCAGCAACUUCAGAAGUGUGGUGGUCGCUGAUGGUGAAGUCUGCAGAGCAGUGGUACCAGAAGCACAUGAUGAUGCCCCCACUAGAUCGAGUUCAACAUGAAGUUCAACCGCCCCCAGAGGUCACCUUGGAAAAAUGGUCCAGGUUGGAAAGAAGAACGGCAUCGAUGCUGCUUCAAUCUGUGCCGGAGGUGGUCAAGGAGGAGUUGGUUUCAGCUCGACGGCUGAGCGUUUUUGGGAUUUUGACGCAACUGCUGUUGACGUAUUGCCCAGGUGGUGUCUUGGAGAAGCAGACAUUGCUGAGAAGUUUGGAGGAGCCAACAGAGGUCACCACGGUGGGCGAGGCUCCUGCUGCAAUACGUCGGUGGCUACGUUGGAAGCUGCGGUCCCAGGAGAUCGGUGCAGUGACCCCAGACCCGGCACUGUUGUUGAAAGGUCUGAACAAGUUAACACGCCGAGUCCUGGAGUCCAACAAAGAACUACAAUUCAGGGUCAGCCUGGCCCGAAAUUCCCUUGGUGUGGAUACGAGGCCGACCGACACCACAGUCAGCCAGUUUGCCACGCACCUUUUGGCUGAGAUCGAACAAGUUGCUCUUUCCGAAAAGAGGGCCACUGCUGCGAUGCCAAAGGGCGAGGUGAAGAUCAAAUACUUGGACGCAGACAAGAACAAGCCAAAGACUAAAGAGAGGUCUACAGAGGAGGACAAGCCGAAGCCAAAAUGCAGGUUUUUUCUCACGGAUGCUGGUUGCAAAAGGGGAAAGGAGUGCACGUUUAGCCAUGAUGUCAAAGAUGAUCGUCGCAGGUGUUACAACUGCGGCAGUGUGGACCACCUUUCCCCAAGCUGCACCAGGUCAAAAGGCGCUUCUACCGAAACAAGCCCCAACAAGCCGAGGGUUGCCAAGGCCGAGGGGGAGGAGCGCAAUGUGACUUCACCAAUGAAGGAGUCAGAGACUGGAAGCCAAUCUAGUCAAGGGGAGGCAGUGAAGGACUUGCUGGAGGAGGCCAACCGGAUGUUGAAGUCUCUGUCGAGCUCUUCCAACACUAUUGCUUCUACAACCUCUUCGACGUCUGAAGAAGAGCGAAAAGAUGUGAUGGAGCGCCUUCAUCAGCAGCUGAAGUCGAUGAAGACGUUCAAGAUGAAGAGACUCAAUGUUGGGAACGACGUUGGACUUGUGGAUUCAGGUGCAACACAUCCACUUCGUCCUAGACAUGAAGGCGAGAAUGUGGAUUUGUACCCGGUGGUGGAGGUGGCAUUGGCAGAUGGAAGGACGGUGAGGUUGAAGAUGUCCCCUGGAGGUGCUAUGAUAUCACCUUCACCUGCCAUCGAGCCUAUCAUCCCCAUGGGCUUGUUGUCGCAGAAGCUGAACUGUGACAUUUCCUGGAAGCAAGGAUCUAUGCAGAUCCACCAUCCUCUGAGAGGAGAAAUCAAGGUGAUGAUGAAGGGAAGUUGCCCCCAUGUUGCCAGAUCUGAGGCUUUGACGUUGAUUGCGGAGCUGGAGGACAUCAAGAUGGGCAUUCCCAAUGAGAUUGGAAGUUUUGAUGCGGAAGUGGCAUGGCUGAGAAAGCUGGUGUCGCAACAUCCAGUGCUGUCUUCACUCCCAGAGCACAUCAAGGAGCGGCUGGUGGUGGAGCCUGGAACUUGGUCUGAUCUUCCAGGCAACAGACACUCAAGAAAGCGCUGGAAGAGGAGUGGCUUAGCAGUUCAUUUGUAUGCUGGGCCAGAAACAGGGUUCACUUUGCGGCAUGCCAUCAAACAGCUGGGUGGUUCUGUCGAUGCCUUGUUGGAAGUUGAUGUUCAACGAGGAGAACAACAUGACAUGCUGUCGGACCACGCAGUUUAUCGUGGUCUGUUGAGGGUGGCUUUGGAGGGAAAGAUCAAUGCGAUCGUUGGUGGGCCAAACUGCAGGCCGAUUCGCCGCUGGGGAGGUGAGGAGUUUGGUAUUCAUGAUGCAACAGAAGAGGAGAAACAGAAGCUUCAUGAAGACGAUGAGUUCAUGCCGGAGGUGGUGAGUUGGUGGGAUACAAAAGAAUGGGCAGAGCUGGCACGAGAGUUCAGCUUUGAGGAAUCAACUUUCAAGCAGGGUGAGCUUGGUGGUCUGACCCCGAAGCCAACGACGUUUGGUGGGAGCUUGGAGCUCUACGCAGAGAGCUCACAACAAUGCCCGCCUCAUCGACUGGUCAAGGACCCAAUUGCUGGAGUGCUUUCAAUCGACACAGCUGGUCCACUGAAGCCUGCUUAUGAUUUGGGUGGGCACAUGGCAAGGUAUUUUUUGGUUGGAGUUUUGACCUGGAGGGUGCCAAAGGGGAGUGACAAGAUGCAGAACCCCCCUGAAGAAGCAGCUUCUGAAGGAGCUCCGGAGAUUGAAGAAGGAGCUGAGGAUCCAGUUCCACCGGGUGAGGACGGAUUGGAAGCUGAGGAGUUGCUUCCAGCCCAGCUCCCUGGUGAAGCGCCGGCUGAAGGAGAGCCUGGCGACGCCCCUGGUGAGGACGGGUUGGAAGGUCAUGCAGAUCUUCCAGUCCAGCUCCCAGGCGAGACGUUUGGACCCCCAACUUUGGAUGAGGUCACAGAGUUGAGAAGGUUCAGAAUGGCCUUGCCAAUGGGUUCCAAAAAGGCGAGAGAUGUGGUGAACACGGUGAUGGAGUUCGUGUUGCGGCUGCGGACGGAAGGGUUCCAUGUGGGCCGCAUCCAUUCAGACCAAGGUCAUGAGUUUGCUGGCGAGUUCAAGACAUGGGCCCGACAGCGUGGGAUCUACCUCACCAAAGCACCAGGUGAUGAUCCAGCCGCAAACGGCAGAGCUGAAAUGGCGGUGAAGGACUUCAAGAACCAGAUCCGCAGAACGUUGAGGCAGGCCAGUGAAGAUGCGAAAUGGUGGCCAUGGGCUUUGAGGUACGUCAAUGAGGUGUACCGAUGUGUCCGGAUGGAGACAAGACCAAGUUGGCCGAGGUUUUUGGAAGAAGUGAGAGUCCGAAAGCGGACAUGGAGGCGGGAUGACCUGGACCCCAGAGUGGAGAAGGUUCAGUAUCUAUGCCCUUCAGUGGAAAACCAUGGUCAUUGGGGGAUCAAAGAAGGCGAAGCCCCACGCCUUACGCGCUACAUUUUGGCGCCCACCACUGAGCCGGAGGAUGAGACGGUUUGGAUUGCGGUGGAAAGAGAAGGGCGAGAUGCACAAGAACAGCGACGCCGAAUCAGAGGCAGAUCAGCAGUGAGGAGAAUGGAUGCCUCAGUUGCAGAUCCUGAGGAGGGGCUGGAAGAAAAGGAAAAGGCUGAAGUUCAAAGAUUGAUGAAGGUGGUGGAGGAUGAGAUGCAGUCCAUCAUCAACGACGACCCAGAUCUG